AGCACAUACAACUUUCAGGUGCAAAGACAAGGCUCUCUGGUAGGACUUGGGUGUCCGAAUAAUACCUAAUUUGUGGUUAUAAUAAGUUAAAGUAUAAAAUUACUUUUAAAAAUUUUACAAUAUGAUAGGCACUUUAUUCUCCAGUGCAUGUCAAACAUUUCCGCGGCUUGCAUCGUUGAGUCCAAUAAUAACCAAUCCAUGGGGUCUUAUAUUGAGUAGAACUAGAAUGAGGUAUCAUUUUCCCCGUCCUAAUGAGCGUCGUCGUAUUAAACGACAUGGAUGGGAUACAAGGAUGUCAACUUUAAGUGGACGGAAAAUUCUUAUGAGAAGAAUAUUGAAAGGCAAAUACGUACUUAGUCAUUAAAUAUUGUAUUUUGAGUCAUUACUAAAUAAUUAUAUUGUUUUCUUAAAUAAAUAUAUUAGAAUACUAUA